CAAGUUCCAAUGAAGGGACAACAAUACAAACAGUGCUCUAUAAAUAGAAAGAGAGCUCUGCCAAAGUGCAUUGCAAAAAGAAAGAGCAAAUGGCAUUCCCAAGAUCUAUUACCCUUUAUCUCCUCGUAUCAUUUGUUCUCUUCUCUUCAUUGUUGCAUAGACCCACCUUUGCCAUAAAAAAGUCAUAUGUGGUGUACCUUGGAGCUCAUUCACAUGGCCCACAAGUCUCAUCCAUUGAUUUAGAUCAAGUAACAGAGUCACAUUAUGAGUUCUUGGCUUCCUUCUUGGGAAGGGAUGAGGCAAAAGAUGCCAUAUUUUACUCCUACACAAGGCACAUCAAUGGCUUUGCUGCGACACUUGAAGAUGAAGAAGCAGCCCAGAUAGCUAAGCAUCCUAAGGUAAUCUCAGUGUUCUUGAACAUGGGAAGAAAAUUACACACAACCAGGUCAUGGGAAUUCUUGGGCCUUGAGGAUAAUGGUGUCAUACAUUCCAGCUCAAUUUGGAAGAAGGCGCGAUUCGGCGAAGAUACUAUCAUAGCCAACCUUGAUACUGGUGUGUGGCCUGAAUCAAAGAGUUUUAGUGACGAAGAAAUGGGACCAAUUCCAUCAAAGUGGAAAGGAAUCUGUCAAAAUGAGGCAGAUCCUGGCUUCCAUUGUAACAGGAAACUGAUUGGAGCAAGAUACUUCAACAAAGGCUAUGCUGCAGCUGCAGGCCCUCUCAGCCCUUCCUUAAACUCCCCGCGUGACAAAGAAGGCCAUGGGUCCCACACCCUGUCAACAGCUGGCGGUAACUUCGUAGCAGGAGCCAAUGUAUUUGGGUAUGGAAAGGGUACAGCGAAAGGCGGAUCCCCAAAAGCCCGUGUGGCUGCUUAUAAGGUCUGCUGGCCCCCAGUGGCUAGGAAUGAGUGUUUUGAUGCGGACAUACUGGCUGCCUUUGAUUUUGUCAUCCAUGAUGGUGUUGAUGUGCUUUCUGUGUCGUUAGGAGGGGACCAUGUCCCCUUCUUCAAUGACAGUCUAGCCAUCGGCUCUUUUCAUGCUGUUAAGCAUGGCAUUGUGGUGGUUAACUCAGCUGGAAAUUCCGGUCCCAAUGAUGGUACUGUUUUGAACCUUGCACCUUGGCAGAUUACAGUUGGAGCUAGCACAAUGGACCGACAGUUUCCUAGUUAUGUUGUUCUUGGAAACAAAAUGAGAUUCAAAGGAGAGAGUAUUUCAUCUAAAGCAUUGCUGAAGAACAAGUUCUUUCCAAUUAUUAGCGCUGCAGAUGCCAAAACUUCCAACUCAUCAGCUGGAGAUGCGCUGCUCUGUAAGGCUGGAACAUUGGAUCCCAAAAAGGCGAAAGGAAAAAUCAUGGUUUGCCUUAGAGGGGACAAUGCAAGAAUCGACAAAGGUCAACAAGCUGCGUUGGCUGGUGCUGUGGGGAUGGUUCUUGCCAACGACGAGUUUUAUUGGAACGAAAUAACUGCUGAUCCUCAUGUCCUUCCGGCUUCACAAAUCAAUUCCACCGAUGGUGUUGCUAUCUUCGCUUACAUCAAUUCUACAAGGUUUCCAAAGGCUUACAUUACGCAUCCAACAACCGAGUUGGCCACAAAGCCAGCUCCAUUCAUGGCGGCUUUUUCAUCGAAGGGGCCAAACACCAUUACCCCGGAGAUCUUAAAGCCCGAUAUCACUGCACCUGGACUGAGUGUCAUAGCUGCCUACACUGAAGCACAGGGACCGACGAAUGAAAAUUUUGAUGAACGUCGAGUUCUAUUUAAUUUAGUAUCAGGCACUUCAAUGUCAUGUCCUCAUGUUUCUGGCAUUGUUGGACUUCUCAAGACCCUCUAUCCUAAAUGGAGUCCUGCAGCUAUUAAAUCGGCAAUCAUGACAACUGCGACAACACAAGACAACAUCAAUGAGCCAAUAACCAACACAUCCUACAAGAAGGCAACUCCAUUCGAUUAUGGUGCGGGACACGUGCAGCCAAACCGCGCUAUUGAUCCAGGUCUUGUUUAUGAUACAACCGUCAACGAUUACCUCAACUUUCUCUGUGCUCUUGGGUACAAUGAAACCCAGAUCAUAUUGUUCUCAGAGCACAACCAUACAUGUCCCAAGCCCAUUUUCAGUCUUGUCAAUUUCAACUACCCUUCAAUCACAGUGCCUAAGCUCAACUGCUCUAUCACGGUGACACGAACUGUCAAGAAUGUUGGUUCUCCGGGGACUUACAGUGCACGAGUUCAAAAUCCGACUGGUGUUGCCAUUACUGUCAAGCCAGAAAGACUGAAGUUUGAAAAGGUUGGGGAAGAGAAAACUUUCAAGGUUACUAUGAAGGUUGAAGAAGCAGCAGCCAAGAAAGCUAGAGACUAUUAUGUGUUUGGACAGUUGACAUGGUCAGAUGGGAAACACAAUGUGAGGAGUCCUAUUGUGGUGAAGGCAAUCUAAAGAAUGAAAAACUACUUAGAAUUAAAUUGAGAGUUUGAUUUAUACUUCAUUUAAAUUAAAUGGGUAAUUUUACUUUAAUAUA